AUGUCGCCAGCGGACCUCUUGAGAACACGGCGCGGAGCUACUACGGCCCGUGGCGACGGCGGCUUGACGUCACGACUCGUUAGUAGGCACAACUUUGAUGGGCUGAUGAAGUGCGAGUACCGUUUGGCAGGUCGUGAGCUCUCGUUCCCGAGUUAUUUUCGAGCUCGGCUCAUCAAUCGGAUCAGUUAAGGGACUUUCCGGACUUUCAUAAUCUUCGGCAAGUCAUUUAACAGCCAAUCCUUCCCGACUUUAAAGGCGAGAUGGGUAGAUUGGCAAGGCUGA